AUGGGGGCUACUGAUGUUCCGCCAGACCAGCCAAGUUUGCCAUGGCGAAUGGCUUCUGCGGCUGUUAUGACCAUUACUGGGGCGCUUUCUCGAGCCUUUCUGUUUGCCCUGAACGACGUCAAAACGGAGGGGCAGUCGCAGUUUUUAAAGAUCUUGGACAAGCGUCGAGCUGAAUCUCCGGAGCGCGGCCUCAUUACCGUCUCCAAUCACAUCAGCGUUCUGGAUGAUCCUUUGAUAUGGGGCGUAUUACCACUCAAAUACAUUUCAAGCCCCAUGAGCACUCGAUGGGGUUUGGGUGCCCACGACAUCUGCUUCAAGAAUAGCUUCUUCACUUCCUUCUUCAGUCUUGGCCAAGUCUUGCCGACUUAUCGUAUGUUGCACUCGCCGUAUGGAGGUCUUUUUCAGCCGACCAUGACCCAGGCCAUCCGUAUCCUUUCAGGACCCGGCGCCGUUUAUACUCGUGGAAAUACAUUUAAUGCCGGCAAUGAGGAGACUUUUAUCUCACCGGCAUUCUAUGCCAAAAAUCACAAUGCAUGGGUCCACGUUUUCCCAGAGGGCUGUGUGCACCAGCAUCCCCAGCUCACCCUGAGAUAUUUCAAAUGGGGAAUAUCACGGCUGAUACUCGAAUCAGACCCAGCCCCUCAGCUUGUUCCCAUCUUUAUCGACGGAUAUCAAAACAUAAUGCCCGAGGAUAGGAAAUGGCCACGAUGGUUGCCACGCAUCGGCGCCAAAAUACGUGUCAUAUACGGCGAGGCGGUUAAUGUCGAUGAGGCCUUUAGGGAAUCGCGAUCGAAAUGGAAACGCAUGGUACGAAAACAGGAAGAGCUUCUGGGAAAGCCACUGAGUGUUGGUGACGUCCCCGAGGCGCUUAAGGACCACCCCGAGGUUAUUCAACUGCGGGUAGAAGUCGCCAAGAGCGUUAGGGAUAUGAUUCAAAAACUAAGGCUUAGUGCUGGCUAUCCCGAUGACGAUCCUGCUUACGCACUGGCUGAAACUUGGGAGCGAGAGCCGAGGGAAAAGCAGUUCAAGAGCCCCGUGGACGACAGUUUGGUCCAUAAGGAAUGA